CAUAUCGCAUUCACUCCAUCUUCAUCUUGCGUCUCUUCAAUGAUCCGGUGGCCAUGAUGCUGUGUUUUGGGGCCAUCAAUCUCUUUCUGGACGGCCGCUGGACUCUAGGAUGUGCUCUUUACAGCUGUGUCUGUGAAGAUGAAUGUUCUGCUUUUCGCUCCUGGUCUCCUCUUCCUCCUGCUGUGUGAGUUUGGUCUGUGGAAAACUUUACCCAGACUCGCUCUCUGUGCUGUCAUUCAGCUGGUUUUGGGACUGCCGUUCCUUUUAGUGAACCCUGUUGGGUAUGUCAGCCGGGCCUUUGACCUGGGCCGGCAGUUUCUGUUUAAGUGGACUGUGAACUGGCGCUUUCUUCCUGAGGAUGUGUUCUUGAAUCGAUACUUUCACUUGGCUUUGCUUUUGGCUCACAUUACUACACUGCUUCUGUUCGCUCUGAAGAGAUGGAAAAGGUCUGGGAGCAGUAUUUGGACUAUACUAAAAGAUCCAUCUGAGAGAAAGGAGACUGCACAUAAAGUUAAUGCCGAUCAGAUGGUUCUUAUUCUGUUUACAUCUAACUUCAUUGGCAUGUGCUUCAGCAGAUCUCUGCAUUAUCAGUUUUAUGUCUGGUAUUUUCAUACGCUGCCCUACCUGCUGUGGAGUGGAGGAGUGAAGAAGCUGGCACACCUACUCAGAGUGUUGAUUUUGGGUCUGAUAGAGCUGUCCUGGAACACGUAUCCAUCCACCAACUACAGCUCUCUGUCUCUGCACGUCUGCCACCUCAUCAUCCUCCUCUGUUUAUGGCUCAACCCCAAUCCAGCUUCUCCAUCUCAUAGGUCAGAAAAUAAGGCUAAGAGUCACUGAAACCCCUGGUCUGACUGGGAGCCUCGCUGUGUGGGACAAUCACUGCUCUACAGCUCCUACACCACAGUGAAAUACAAGGGUGUUCAGGGACCCGUGCCAUCAAAUGGAUGUUGAAAUGGUUUGGAUAUGAAGGAAGUGUGAAGUUAAUAUAUUGGGGAACAGAGUUUACAGUGCUUCUCAGGAUGAUUAAGGACUAUUGUGAGGCUUGGGCUGGGAUGACAAAGCUGGUGGGAAAUUUGAGUGUCAGUUUUGAUUGGCAGGUCAUUUUAACGACACACUUAUUUUUGUGCAGCAUGUCGAGGCAAAGGACAUGAAGGUAAACUUAGUCUUCUAUCUUUUAUGGACAGCUAUGGAAAGAGUACUCGAAAAUUCUGUUUAUGAAGACGUGCUUCUACUACUAUUGAUUGGGAAUGAUAAAAUUUUGUUUUUUUUCUUAAUGUCUAAUAACAUCUCUUCCUCAUAAAAAAAAUAUUGUGCAAUCACUGAUCUUGGUAAGACUUUGUUUUGAUGCUCCCUAUUGUACAUUUUAUUGACUAAAAGUUGCACUACAUGCCAACGAAUUCUCAUUGGAUUAUUAGUAGACUGUCUGCUUGCUUAAUAUCUGCUGAUACUGCCCUUUCAACAGACUGACUGUAAAAAACUUUGCAAAUGCAUGUCAGCUUACACUAACCCUAACCCCAAUUGAACAGUCUACUUAUGAUCUAAUGAGAAUUAGUUGGCCUGUAGAUGCAAUGUUACUUGCAUUCAAGAAAAUGCGUUAAAGUGGCCAUCAAAAUAAAGUGAUAGCCUGAUCUUUAUAGAAUGACUCUCUACAGUAUAUAGACCAGUGACUGUAAUUGUGAGGUUUUUAUAUAGAAGCAGAAAAUGACCAAAAAAACUUUGCAAAUUAAAAUUAAAUCAUGAUUAUUCUGCCAAAUAUUGUUUUUUUUUUAAAUUUAUUUAUUUGUGUAGUUCAAACAUUGGUAUUAUGUAGAAAUGAAUAUGAAAUUCUGUUAUUUUAAUCUGUUGUCAUUUUAUGCUUCUGUAAUUUAAAAGAAAUGUCAUCAGUAAUUAGGAAAAAAACUAAAUACGUAAAAUACACUUGAAUACAUCUGACUUCUCUGUCCAGAGAAACAAAAAAAACAGGAAAACUGUUUAUUAAAUUUUUUUUACAGUGUAGUUACAUGUGCUUUAUAGAGCACAAAGGAACAGCAUAAAUCAUGGAUCUGCUUUCCCCAUAGUUUUUAGUUUAAGGCAACCAUCGACAUGCAGUAGGGAAGGGGAGAUUACAGUAAAAGUGUUUGUUUCUUUUUUUUUCUUCUUUCCUUUUUUGUACGAAAUGCAUUUGCUUAAUCUUUAAUCAUAAUGCAACUGCAGUCUAUGUGUUUUUUUUUUUUUUUUUUGAGAGGCUUAGAGGUACGAGAGAUUAAAGAAACCAGGUUGAAAGUGUAGGGCAUGUUAGUGUUAUUGAUAAAUCCUGGAGAAGCAUCAUUUGGAAUCAUUGAGAGCAGUUUAUUGUAUAGAUUUGUAAAUGACUGAAAAUAAAGUCAAUUUCAUUACA